UGCAUGAAUAAGAUGUAAGGUAAAACGUGGAAGUAAGGGAAGUAAGAAAACUUUACCACAAAGACACUAAUGUUAAAUUAGCUUAAAUGAGUAUACAUGUAGAUCUAAAUACAUGUAAUGAUAACAGGUAAAACCAUCAAACCUUGACCCAUAUUUUGUUGUGCAUUUGAACAUCGGACUUUAAUAAUUUACGUAUAAAUCACAUAAACAAAAUGCCGAUUUCAAUAAAGAAGGAACACUUUGGGAAGACUAAAAACGGAAAAGAUGUAAAUAAGUAUACAUUUGAAGGCGGGAAAACUGUUGUAUCGGUCCUUGAUUUCGGCUGUGCCGUCUCCAACAUUCUCGUACCUGACCGGAAAGGGAAAUUGGCAGAUAUAAGUCUUGGAUAUGACGAUGUUGCAGGCUAUGAGAAGAAUUUUCCAUACAUUGGAGUCGCAGUUGGACGUGUGGCAGGGCGAAUAGCUGGAGGGAAAUUUACACUAGACGGGAAGGAAUAUAAACUUGACAUUAAUAAUGGACCUAACAAUAUUCAUGGAGGGAUCACAGGAUUAAGCAGGAGGCUCUGGAAAGCAGAAAUUCAGGGAGACAAACUCAAACUUAAAUACGUCAGUCCGGAUGGUGAGGAAGGAUUUCCAGGGGAGGUUACUACAGAGAUAAUGUAUUCACUGACUCAGGAGGGUGCUCUUACAAUAGACUACACAGCCACAACGACGAAACCGUGUCCGGUUAAUCUAACCAAUCACUCAUACUUCAAUCUAAAGGGUCAUGAUGAUGAUGACGUCAUGGAUCAUGUUGUACAAAUCAAUGCAGAUAGUUGUGUACCUUUAGAUGACGACCUUAUUCCAACAGGCGAGUUACCCGAUGUUUCUGGAACGCCUAAUGAUCUGAGGUCACCGGUCAGACUAGGUGAUAGAGAAAGUGAAGUUAGAAAAGGAAACAUUGACUUAACUUAUUGUGUUGGUGACGAAGGUGAACUCAAAUAUGUAUCAAGGAUAUCACACCCACCAACUGGUAGAUAUAUCGACACUCACACCACCGAGCCUGGUUUACAAUUCUACACAGCCAAGUACAUGACAGAUGCCGUUGGUAAAGGUGGUAAAGAGUACAAGCCUUUCGCCUCCUUCUGUCUUGAGACACAGCGUUAUCCUGACAGUGUCAAUCACUCUAAUUUUCCCAACACUAUUCUACGACCAGGAUAUACUUACAGACAGACAACUGUUUUCACUUUCGGUGUUUUAAAAGGAUAGACAGCAACAAAUGAACAGGACGGCUGUUUGAAUAUAAACCUUGCCAGAUGUUUAGCUUUUCAUAUUUUUUGAAAAAUAAAAUAUGUAUAUGGUA